AUGAGCUUGAGAAGUUCAAUUGGCAAACUCCCCUCAUACCUCAAUUUCAAGAGAUUUCGAACAUCUCGAUUCACCUCUUCCACGGACUCGGAUAGGGACACUUCUAUCAAUCCUCCAAACCCAAGACACCCCAAUGCAGACAAGCGCACGGACACCGAUACUUCAGCAGUCUCUAUAUUCGAUACGACACAAUCUCAAGAGACAAAUAUGAAUGAAGUGAUAUCUGCAGGUCACAAGGGUGACCGACAAUCAAGCCACAAACAGAAAGACAGAGAAUCGAUCAUUGACGAAGCUAAAUCAUUCCUUAUUGAUACCUUGACUACCCAAAUCGUCGACAGUGCGAUCGGCGACACGAUCUGCCAAUCUACGAAUUUCGAUGAAAUGACAUCUGGAGCUAGACAACACGCAUUCAUGGGACUAAGUGAGAACUUUCGAAACCCCCUUAACAAGUCGGUAGAUCCAAUGAUCGAUUCGAUCGUUGAUCUUGCGGAAAAUUGGGAUGAAACACUCGAUUUAAAGCGGGUUCUGACUGCUGCGACGUUUCGACCUGAGGUACAUCUUGUACAAACUACUGCACGGAAGAGGUUAUAUGCGCUUGAAUAUGGUACUGAAUAUGAAGAGGCUGAAUCGAUGUUUGAGAAGAUCACGAGGAGGACGAAUGGUAGUUUUGGUGAUUGUUGUCUUUUACAGGAGGCUGUAGAAGAAUUACUUGAGGAGGGGAUGGAGGCAUAUCCCAGGGUGGAUAAACAUGGACUGGGGCUUUAUGAUGAUGAGAGUAAAGUAGCUUAA